AUGCCUUACACACCACCCACACAGCAGUCACCGGCAUCCUCCAAAUCCAGCACACCCGCGGUCAGCCGGUCAGCUUCAUAUAGUGAAGAUGUCCCUCGAUCACCGGUGACGAGUAGGCCUCAGCCACCUCGAUCGAACUCGGCAUCAUAUCUGCACAAACACAGACGAUCACCAUCCUUAUCGGUGUCGGAAGUUGCUGCUCCGCCGACACCCACCGAGGUCUCGAGUGCCAAGAUCGAGGCAGUAGACUUUGCGCGGAAUAGUAGCGUUCGGCAGUCACCACCGCCGAUUAACAAUCUGCGGAUACCGACUGGCAUGGUGUUGUCGCCGCCCGAGUCUCCCGAGAAUUCCGAUGGCGAUGAGGCCGCGACUGAAGAACGAGGUCGAGAGGAUCAGAGAUGGGACCAACUUAGGGAGGCGGUCCGCACGAUCAAUCAAAGACGAGAAGGCUCGCCGGAUAGGACUGUGGUAAUAGCCCAGGAGACCAAGAGCGAGCCACAUUCCCAGAGCAUCUCACCCUCGGCACUAUCGCGAGAGGCGCGAAAGAUAUCACAUUCGCGAUCUUCUACCGAGACUGCUAUAGUGAUACCCAAGGUCACUAGCUUCGAAUCACCGGCGACCACAUCAGACGAUAGUGACGACGAUCAAGGUCCGUUGUCGAAGCCAUCCCUCGUACGGAAGAAGUCUGGAGAACUGGUCAAGCCAGCUCUGAGGCCGUCGUCCAGGCGGCGUUAUUCGAGCAUGCCUGGCACGCCAACCUACCAUAAGUCCGUGCACUUCAACGAGGCUGACAACCAAACCCGUCACUUCCUCAAAGUGGACAAGCCAAUGGCGGUUAGCGCAGGGUCUUCUCCUGUUGAAUCAUACGAGAGCGAAUCGGAAUUUCCAUUCGAGGGCGAUAGCAAGCCGGAACUGGACAUCAAGCUCGCAAACUUUCCCGCGGACACUUUCGAGCGCAAGGCACAGCCGGUACGAGUGGAGCGCAUCUUCUUGUCGCAAGACAAGAAGACACUCAUAGGUUCUAUCGCUGUGCAGAACAUAUCCUUCCACAAGCUCGUCGUUGCACGAUUCACUCUGGAUCACUGGACGACGACAUCGGAGAUUGUCGCCGAGUUCAACAACGAUCCGCGUAGUCCGCCGACGGAUGCUUGUGAUCGCUUCAACUUCCACAUCAAGCUGUCUGACUCUGCCAAUAUUGAUACCAAGACAUUGUUUUUGUGCGUACGAUAUACGGUGAACGGCCAGGACUACUGGGACAGCAAUAACGGAGCGAACUACCAGGUGGACUUUACGAAGUUAUUGAAGAUGCCAACCAAGCCGAACAUGACGGUGAGCACGCUUGGUGCUCGGCCUCGCAGUGCUAUUCCACGCAGUCGUCACUCCGGACCAAACUCACCUCGUGGUCGGCAAGAGUCUGUCGACGAUGACUUCGUGUCCCGCCUUGACUCGAACUCUGCCUAUCACUUCGGUAAUACUGAGAGUCUCCUCGGCGAGGGUCAGGGUUCCAUCAAGCUCAAGCCACGAACGAAGCGUGGCAGUCUGUUCCCAACCACGCAGACGAACGGACUUGGUGGACGUUACGACUUCGGCGCAUCAUUGUCAGCCGCAUUGAGCACUGCACAAGACAAGCUCGGACGACAAAGCGGCCUUAUGAACACCGCCAAGCCGUCUGAUGCUGGAGGUAGUUACUUCGCACCACUCGAGCGAACAGAGGUGCCGCAUAAAGUCGAUCAACGACCAGACUCUCUCAGCACUGACAGGCCUGCCAUGGGCUCAGAUCAAUACAGGGAUCUGGUUCAAAAGUUCUGCUACUUCACUCCUGGCGCUGGCAAGCCAGCAGGCUCACCUCCGAAUCCGAGUACUGCGGUUGCAGCACGCAAUGAUAGCGUGACCGAGACCACUUCACUUCCUACCUCAUCGCGAUCUUCUGGCAGUAGCACACCAUCACAUCAGCUCGAUGGUAGCACCGAUCAGAUCUCGGCGACUCUGAGCGCGUUUGCAUCUCGCUCAGCCUCGCCGACACCAAUCACUGGACAUGUUCUUGGCAACCGAGCUGCCUCUCCCAUGAGCUUUGGCUAUCCUUACCUCAGCAACACCCGCGACGGCUACCUCUCCGACUCUCGCACCCUUACCGCGAUCCAAGGCUGA